AUCCGUUUGGCAAGUAAACUCUCGUCAACUUUCCAUUCGUCAGUGUUGUUCGUGCUUCUGUUUGGAAGGUCUCGUUGGCUCGCCGCCAGUUUACGUGUCUGCUUUCAGUUGAAUCGCGAAACGAGGGAGAAGCUCGACUCACGAGGAAAAAUGGACGCGAUAAAACCUGGCUGGUUCAGUGAAAUCAACGAUCUAUGGCCGGGUGUCUCCUUGUCCCUUGAAGUGAACAGGAUACUUCAUAGGGAACGGUCCCAGUAUCAGGACGUUAUGGUCCUCGAAACGAAGUCACAUGGAAGGGCGCUAAUUUUAGACGGUAUCAUACAAUCCACGGAGAGGGAUGAAUUUUCGUACCAGGAGAUGAUCGCUUUUCUGCCAUUAUGCAGCCAUCCAAAUCCAAAAACAGUUUUAAUAGUUGGGGGUGGAGAUGGAGGGGUUGCUCGCGAAGCCGCAAAACAUCCCCAAGUCGAAAGGAUCGUUCAAGUCGAAAUUGACGCGAAAGUACUGGAGGUUUCAAAGAAAUAUUUACCCUCGAUGGGUGUGGGACUCGAACACCCCAAAGUCACCCUUAACGUAGGGGAUGGUUUCGAAUUUUUGAAGCAACACAGGGGAGAGUUCGAUGUUAUUAUCACGGACAGCAGUGACCCCGUUGGUCCAGCAGAGUGUUUGUUCAAAGAAUCGUACUUCAGCUUAAUGAAGACAGCACUGAAACCUGGUGGAAUAGUUUGCAGCCAAGCAGGAACUGCAUGGGCAAAUCUGGACCACGUUACGCAGACAUUACAACAUUGUAAAUCUGUGUUUCCGGUUGCAUCUUACGGAAUUGUUUCUGUACCUACUUACCCUACUGGACAAAUCGGUUUCGUGUUGGGUGGAUUAAGCACAAAAACGAAUUUCAAGCAACCAAAAAAAGUCUUCAGCGACGCCGAGCUCGACGAAAUGAACAUGAAAUAUUACGACGAAGAAGUGCACAAAGCAGCGUUCGUUUUGCCGAGGUUUAUAGCGAAAGCUUUGAACGAAGCACCCGAUAAAAAGUAAAAUUAAAACAGAGCAAAGAGAGAAAUAAUGAAGACUUUUUAGCGUAUGACAAUCGCAUAGUGAACCAAUCUCUUCAACUACCUCGAAUCUCACAAAUUGUACUUUGUAUUAUAACAUCGUUAUCCAUCGAUCCGAAUUUUAUAUUAAAAAUAUAGUGGAACAGAAAUAGGUAUAUAGAAUCCAUGCACACGAACAGAAACACUAUGUCAAUAACGUAACAACGAAAUGUUAGAAAUUCUUUAUUACCUGAAUGUAAUUAAGGCUAAUAUGUAUCCGUGAAUACUCGUAAUAUAAUAAUACAAUAAUAUGAUAAUAUAAUAUUACAACUUGUAACAUUCCACAAUAAUAGACAUGUAAGGCUUAAUCAAUUGUACUAAAGAUAACGAUUAAAAACAUUCUGUAUAUAAAUCUGAAUUGUCAAAAAAACAAUAAUACAGCGUUAAAAACUAUAAAAAUCCUCUCGUUGUAUUUGCCUUUUUUUUUUAACGACGUAUAUAUUAUAUAAAUCUAUCGUACAAUUAUCCUGUAUAAUUUCUGUUAAAAUGUAUAUUUAUAUACUUUCUUAUAUAUCAUGGCACACACCUAUAGAAUAAAAAAUAAAAACGACGAUCGUUCUCAAAAUAUAUUACCCUAAAUGCAGUAAUGUAUUUACCGUGAUUCACCUAUCUGUUCACAUACUUAUCUGAUAUUCAACUUAAAAGUGUAAACGUUCGUUAUAUAUUCUAUACACUUUAAUAGUUAUCCAUUAUAAAAUCGUUAAAAUAUAUUUUACAUAAAUAAAUGUUAGUUUAUAAAUAAUGUGAACAGAUACGUAUACACAAAUUGUUUCAGAAUUACAGAUACAAUUUUCGUUGGACAAAAAGUUUUGGUACAUAAAUUAACUUUUUACUAUCAAAUUUUUACAAGGACGACAUAAGUUUAACACUUAACCUAUGAUGAUCUUCUGCAGUAUAUUAAAUGAUUUAAUUACAUUGAAUCUCAUAAUUUGUUUAACUACAU